CCAACCCCAGGUCCCUCCCCUGUCUCUCUCCUCCCAUCCCCGGUGUGGGAGGCUUCCCCACAUAACUCCUCCGAGCUCCACAGACGACUAACACAUGUCAGAGAACAGGGAAAACAGCACAGAGAGAAGUAGAGAGGGAAGUAAAGACUGAAACGAGUGCCUUGGAUUUAACUGGAGCAUUUGUGGACAGGCUUACCGGUGUGAGGGUUUCUACGUGCGCGCGUGUGUGACCGUGUGUGUGAGCGUGCGUGUCUGUUGAAUGUCGGUAGUCAUGAUGGCCCACCUUCCACUCCGGGUUCUCACGCCCCUCGUCAUCCUCCUCCAAAGCCUUGUUCUGGUCCAGGGGGCCAUGUCUGCUUGUUACGAUGACCAAGGCACUCCUGAACACUGCCUGCCUCGUUUUGAGAACGUGGCCUUCAACCGCACUGUCUUUGCCUCCAACACCUGCGGCAACCUACCGGAGGACUACUGCAUGCAGUCGGGCUCCAAGCACCUCUGCAACAGCUGCGACGCGUCCGUGCCGGAGCGCAGCCACAACGCCAGCCUCCUGACGGACUUCCACUCGGUAGACGAGCCCACCUGGUGGCAGAGCCAGUCGAUGGUCUACGGCAUUCAGCAUCCCUCCUCCGUCAACCUCACGUUGCACCUGGGAAAGUCCUUCGAGAUCAGCUACAUCCGGCUCCAAUUCUUCACCAGCCGGCCCGAGAGCUUCGCCAUCUACAAGCGCACAGCGGAGGGCGCCCCCUGGCAGCCCUACCAGUACUACAGCGCUUCGUGUAAGAAAACCUACGGGCGGGAGGGGAAGAUUUUCAUCCGUCCCGGGGAUGACGAGCGGAUGGCGGUCUGCGUGGAUGACUUCAGCGACAUCUCCCCUCUGACUGGAGGGAACGUAGCCUUCUCCACCCUCGAGGGACGACCCAGCGCCUACAACUUUGACCAGAGCGCUGUGUUGCAGCCAACCAUUUCCUUCUGGCCUUCUAACCCCAUCCCCUGCAUCUCGGGGAAUGAAUGGAGUGACGCGACGGGUGUGAAAACGAGAGAGGGUGGGAAGAGUAAAGGACCGAUGAGAGGGAGAGAGAGAGGUGUGUGUGAGUGCUCCGACUUCACCAUGGGGCCCACCUGCCAGCGCUGCCUGGACGGUUACUACGGCAACGCCUUGAUUGGCAUGCCCAAUGACUGCCGACCUUGCCCCUGUCCGGACCGUACCAGCUGUGCCCAGAUGACAGAGACAGGCGAUGUGGUCUGUACCAACUGUCCACCAGGACGGAGGGGCACCCGCUGCGAGAUGUGCGAAGACGGUUUCUACGGCGACCCACUGGGCCGCUCUGGGCCGGUUCGGCCCUGCGAGCGCUGCAAUUGCCACGGCAAUGUGGACCUCAAUGCAUUAGGCGUGUGCGAUCACGUAACAGGGCUCUGCCUGAAAUGCCUGGCCCACACCGAAGGAGACCGCUGCCAACGAUGCCAACAGGGUUACUACGGAGACGCCCUCAGUCGCGGGCCCACGGACCAAAAGUGCAAACCUUGCAGCUGCAGUCCUGCAGGGACUUCUGGACCAUUGGAGGACUGUCACCCCCAAACAGGAAGUUGUCAGUGCCUUAGUCAUGUGACAGGAAGAGACUGUGGUCACUGCGAGGUUGGCUUCUUCAACCUCCAGUCUGGAAUAGGCUGUGAGAGAUGCAACUGCAAUCCCAUUGGCUCCUCUUUGGUGGCGUGCCACCCCGUCACCAGCCAGUGUAUGUGUCGCGCCGGCGUGGAAGGCGUCUCUUGUGGCUCCUGUCGAAUAGGCUUCUUUGGUUUCUCCUCCCGGGGCUGCAGAGCCUGUAACUGCGACCCGAUGGGCUCGACUUCCAUGCAGUGCCAUGGCAACGGCACCUGUCCCUGUCGUCAGGGCUUUGUGGGUUACAAGUGCGACCAGUGUGAGCUCGACUACUUCCACAACAGAAACAGCCAUCAGUGUGAGGAGUGCCCCGUGUGUUACGGCCUGGUCAAGGAGCAGGCCAGGAAGUUGAGGACACGCUUACAGGAAGCUGAGAAACAACCUGUCUCGCUACAACUGCCGGGGCAAUACGGGCGCCAGCAUCAACCGCGUGAUAGUGAGCAUCACCAGCAUGAGCACCAAGGCGAGGACUCGCUGCCCAACGCCUUAGAGGACUUCCUGGCGCUCCAAGAGGCGAGGGAGGUCUUCAUAAAGCAGUUCACCCAGCUGGAGGCGUCCACACACCUCUCUCUGUCCCAGCUGCGUGGCGCUGGCUCCACCCUGGACUGCAAGACGAGCGGGGAUGGGAAGGACGAGGGAGACGAGGAGGAGGACGCAGGGCGGAGGAGUGUGUGCAGGACACUUGCAGGUUCUUUGUCCCUGGUCCAAGCCGUACAGACCCAACUGCAGAAGGCAACUCUGGACCUGGAGAACAUGUUCAUCUCGCCGAAAUGCGGGCAGCGUAAGCACAACCUGACAGCCCAGGUGAACGAGACCCUAGCCAAUCAGCUGGCUUUGGAGGCGGACUCUGCCAAGAUCGGGGUUGCCCUAGGUAACCUCACCUCCUCCCUGCAGCAGUUGGGUCAGAUGAACCAUACCCACCUACGUGGGCUCAACCAAUCGGACCCUGGUUUCACGUCUGGCUCCAACCAAUCAGACCCAAGUAUUAAACCUGGAUUCACGCAUUCAGAGAGCCCAGAUCUGCAGGCCAGGAUGUCGGACCUGGCCCUACAAGUCAACACCAAGGAGGAGCUUGUCAGCAAGAUCAGAGAGGAGAUGAAGCCUAAGAUACACAGUGCUCAGGGUAUCAUGGAGAAGGUGCAGGACAUCUAUGAGCUGCAAGCACGCACCCAGGGGUCCAAGGCCAUGGCCCUCUCAUCCGUGGUGACGGGCAAAGAAGUGGAGUCUGACGUCAUCACUCUACACAGGGAACUUGAGGACAUACAGAGGGAGUGGCCGACCAGGCAGACCCAGACCAGGGCGGCCCAGCGGAAGGAGAGGCUGCUGGGGGAGAAGCUCCUUCCCGACGUCAGGAGGAAGAUGGGCCUGGCCCAGGAGGUUCUAACCACGGCCUUGGAGAACGCUACGCUCUCUAACGCCACGGCCCGCCAGGCAGAGCCCACUGCACACACACUGGCUAAGAAGGCCAAGGCGACCAUGAGCCAGGCCAAGCAGACCAGGAGCAGGUCCGCCCAGCUGAGCUCCUCAGUUCAUGCCAUCUUGGAGCAGCUGGCUGAACAGGAGAACCGGACUGCCAAUGUAAAGGACCAGAUCAACAGCCAGUCCCAGGUGUCCCUGACAAGUGUGAAGGAGAGCAUGGAGACAGCCAGGAGACAGCUGGAGGCCUACUCUCUCACCCUGACUGAGCUGGUCUCCAAGAUUGACGGCACUGUGGCGACGGAGCGCUUCGACCGCAUUCUGAAUGAGACCACACUGCGUCUGAGCAUGCUCCGUGGCAGUGUGGAGAGCCCCGUGCUGAACGGAAAGAUCCAGAAGCUGAAGUCCGCCGCCAGGGACCAACAGAAACGCCUGUCCGUACUGGAACAGGACCUGCAGGAGAUCCGAGAGGAGAGAGACAGUCUGAGCGACAUCGCUCUACACCUCCCCAAAUCCUGCCCCUAAUCCUGUCCCCUCUUGAUAGUCCCUCACACCAGUCCCGCUCCUAAACUUUGACUCAGAAUCUGUCCCCAGUCCCGGUCCCCUGUCCUAUCGUGGUCCCGCAUUUCAGCACAAAGACAAAGAGGGGGACAGUGGGAGGAGAGGACGUGAUACUUGAGGCUCCCACUAGGAGAUGGAGAAGAGGUUUUCAUAAUCGUUAUCGUGACCACUGUCUCCUUUUUUCCACAUCUAAAUCCACUCUCGCGUUCCAUCUCCAUCUCUUUUUCUCUCACCCCUCUCCUACGUUCUCAUCAAUAAACGACUUCCCUUCCUCCUUCAGUUUUUCCGCUUCUUUUCUAUUCCAUCCUCCACUCUCAUAUUACUAACAACCUCGGAACUUUAAUUAAACCCUGGGUAAUAGCCACCCAUUCUAAGCUGCUGGUGCGCUCUGUCAAGUUUAAAAUAACGGUGAUUUUCUUUCCUGCGAGGGUAGGCGUGUCUGAAAGCUGGGCCAAUGUGACACAUUCAUUUACACUUGAGCUCCUUUUCAUCAACGUACCUUAAUUAACAAUUAGUCCUUUAGCCCUGGAUGGAUUCAGGUCGGCCCUCCACCGCAGACAAUGUUAGUAGUGUGAUUGUGAGUGCACAGGCUCUUUUCAGUCAUUCCAUCUCCGAUUCUCUGUGUCAUGUACCACUAUCUAGGCUACUUUUGUCCUUUACAAUGACAAGCAAAGAAAAAGAUGUUCAAACUGUCUCUGGAUGGAUGAAACUUGGCAAUUGUACCUGCUGAUCAUGGAGAUUUCAGAUGACAUGCCUGUAAUGAAUCAUGUUAUGUAUACGUCCAAUAUUGGAGCAGUACACUGUAUAUGACAAAGAAAAUUGAAACGA